GAGGAGGGUCCCUGGCGGGGCGGGGUUCGCAGCGCGCGGGGGCCGAGCCCCGGCACUUAGUCGGCCCGCCGGCUCCAGAGCUGCACCGCCUGCUGGAGCCCGGGACACGGCGCCCCGGGGGAGGUAGGCGAAGGGACGCGGCGAUGGCUCCGCGGGCACUCCGGGGGUCUGCCGUCCUCGCCGCUGCUGUCUUCGUGGGAGGCGCCGUGAGUUCGCCCCUGGUGUCCCCUGGUAAUGGUAGCAGCCGCACGUUGCACUCCAGAGCAGAGACGACGCCGUCGCCCACUAGCAGUACUGGGAGCAGACACCCAGAGUAUAUCGCGUAUGCACUUGUCCCUGUGUUCUUCAUCAUGGGUCUCUUUGGUGUCCUCAUCUGCCACCUGCUUAAGAAGAAAGGCUAUCGUUGUACAACAGAAGCCGAGCAAGACGUGGAAGAGGAAAAGGUUGAAAAGAUAGAGUUGAAUGACAGUGUGAAUGAAAAUAGUGACACCGUUGGGCAGAUUGUCCACUACAUCAUGAAAAAUGAAGCAAACGUUGAUGUUUUAAAGGCAAUGGUAGCAGACAACAGCGUGGGCGAUCCUGAAAGCCCCGUGACCCCCAGCACUCCGGGGAGCCCGCCCUUGAGCCCCGGGCCCUUGUCGCCGGGGGCCACCCCAGGGAAGCACAUCUGUGGCCACCAUCUGCACACAGUGGGCGGUGCUGUCGAGAGGGAUGUAUGUCAUCGGUGUAGGCACAAGCGGUGGCACUUCAUAAAACCCACCAACAAGUCCAAAGAGGGCCGUUCGAGGCGCCAAGGAGAGGUCACCGUCCUCUCUGUGGGCAGGUUUAGAGUUACAAAAGUGGAAAACAAGUCAAAUCAGAAGGAGCGGAGAAGUUUGAUGUCGGUUAGUGGGAACGAUAGCGUCAAUGGGGACGUACCUGUGACACCUGUGAAGAGGGAACAAAGUGACACUGAGUAGCAGGAGUGACUUUAUUUGAAGAGUUCUAAGAGACUGAAAACUUGAGAGAUAUGAAGUUGCCUAGGGAAUAUUUUUUUUGUCUUUUAUAGUUUCUAUCGUGGAGUCUGCAGGCAUGUGGAUAAAAGCUAAAAGGGAGUAUUGUUGCCAGGCUGGAUAUGGAAUUCAGUUUGCUUUGAAACAAGUUUUGGUU